AAAUGUGCACUCUCGUGCAGAAGUAGCCAUGGAGACCAGGGUUACACUAACGCUUAUAUAUUUUCCUCCAAAUAUUUUUUUAGUCACUGUUUUGAUGUAAUUUAAACUUUAAGCGCAAAACAAACAAGGUUACAACUUUCUACAAAAAACGGAUUCUGGAGGAAACGGAUUCUGAUGCUCACACCCUACUGUAAACAAAACUAUCCAUUUCCACCAAUCACACUGCGCGACGGACCAAUUGACUUGUGCGCUGGCCAAUGACACGAAUACAAACCAAGCGUUUCCGGGUGGGCAGUAUCCAAUCGCCUAUCACCAGAGGGAGGGCCUUCUCUUUGCACGAGGAAGCCGUCGCAGCUGGUUUGUCGAGACAAGAAGUUUGUCCAAUGGCGUUCUUGACAAGGCGGGGCUUUGUUCAUAACUCGACCUAUCAUCGCGGAUCAUUCGCGGGUGUAAUGUGUUUGGGUGCAGCGGAGAUGAUUGACACAACUAUUAACCAAUCUUUAACGUUGUAUGGGCGUGCUUAAAAAAAUCGCCGUCCACCUGAAUCAUUCGUGGGCGUGGUUGACACUGGCAUGUCCCGCCUCCUGGCCGGUCUGCAGAUUCGCACACAAAUACAGUUGAGUGUUUGAUAAAAAUGCACUCAGAUGCGACAAAUUUUCAGCUGAACUCCCAUUUGUCCACACUGGCCAGCAUCCACAAGAUCUACCACACAUUGCACAAGCUGAACCUGACCGAGGACGUUGGCCCAGACACUCACUCCACAGCUUGCUGCUCCAAAGCCAUGCCCCCGAGGAAAAAGAGGAGGCCCACUGCAGGAGAUGACCUGUCUGCAAAGAAGAGUCGCCAGGACAAUGUCUACAGAAGACAGGAGUCGUCGCAUAUCCAGGAAGCUGAAGCUUUCUCCAGUAAGAGAUGUCUGGAGUGGUUUUAUGAAUAUGCAGGUUGUGACGACGUGGUUGGACCAGAAGGCAUGGAGAAGUUCUGUGAAGAUAUCGGAGUGGAGCCAGAGAAUGUGGUGAUGCUGGUAUUGGCUUGGAAACUGAAUGCUCAGAGUAUGGGCUACUUCACCCUGCAGGAGUGGCUUAAAGGAAUGGGUUCACUGCAAUGUGAUUCAACUGAAAAACUCAGGAACUGUCUAGACUACCUGAGGUCGAUCCUCAAUGAUGCCACGAGUUUUAAGCUCAUUUACCGAUACGCCUUUGACUUCGCCCGGGAGAAAGAUCAGAGGAGUUUAGAUUUAAACACUGCCAAGUGCAUGCUGGGACUUCUACUGGGGAAAACCUGGCCACUAUUUCCUGUGUUUAACCAGUUUCUAGAGCAAUCCAAGUAUAAAGUAGUAAAUAAAGACCAGUGGUGCAAUGUUCUAGAGUUCAGUAGGACCAUUAACCUGGAUCUCAGCAACUAUGAUGAGGAUGGGGCUUGGCCAGUUUUGUUGGAUGAGUUUGUGGAGUGGUACAAAGACCGAGAGAUGUCGUCAUAGCAACAACCGUCAAUGCCUCUACCAUCACCAACAACUAGAAAUUAAUCGGCAACAGGCACUGUGGCAUCAGUGAAAGAAAUGACUUAGAAAUGGUCCUUACAAACAAAACAUAACAGGACCCAGUGGGGCAGACUGUAGGUAUCCUGCCAGUGAAUUUGUGAGUGAGUGUGUGUGAGUGUGUGUGAGUGUGUGUGAGUGUGUGUGAGUGUGUGUGAGUGUGUGUGAGUGUGUGUGAGUGUGUGUGAAAAAGUGUCAGCGUUCCAUAGUGUAACGUUCAAAUGUUGCCCUUUUCAUAAGGGUUAUGUAUGAGCGUUAACACUGAUGAUGACUAGGUGAGACAGCACCUCAGCCCUAAAUUCUUACCUGAUGUCCUGACCAACCUGCAGUGCAUCAUGGGAAAGCACAUGGCCAAGCUCAGUGCCACUCCCUGCCACCCUACUGUGACGUGACUAACUGUGAAUGUUUGAAUGGGUGUUUAAGAGGGGUGAUCUGUGAUAUUCCACAUGCUAGGGUAAAUACCAAAAUAGUUCCCUUCUUAAUGCCAGGUGAUUUAAACAUUAUGGGGUCUCAUUUAAAAUACAAACUCGUGUAAAAAUCAUCUAAAAUGAUGAUUUAAAAAAAAAAGUCUUGCAAAUGAGUCGAAAUAGCCAUUGCUACAGUGACCAAACAUCAGAUCCUCACCUAUCCUAAAAGUCUCACUUGUUACAGUGUGUACUUUAAAAAAACAAAAAAAAAAAAAAAAAAACAAGCCUUUGCAAAAGACAUCUUAAUAAGGCAGACUUUCCUUUAAACAACCCGAUUAAAAGUUACCACAGUGGCGUUUUAUUAACUGUGAACUAUGAAAGAUAAAAGCGCUAAAUCGGCCCAUCUUACAGAAUAUUUUCUGAAGUGCUCAUUGCUAUUUCGUUGUACAGAUUAACUUAAACUGAUUCAUUACACAGGGUAAUCAUAGAAGUUUAUCAUAUUUAAUAACUACCUGCCAUCGUGCUGUCCCCAAACCCCCCCCCCCCCCGCCCCCCCGCCAAUCCUCUAAAAGAUGUGUUUGACUUCUUUUAUUUAUCGUCGUUCUUCCUCAUUUAGUCCACAUCUUUAAAUAGCACAUAAUUUGACUAUGUGCGUUAUUGCUUUAAAGGUUCAGACCUUGCCUAACAUGGUUGCUGUUCUGGAGAAAGACUUUUGACUUUUAUGCUUUGUUUUCUUUUAAAUUACUGAGUUUGGGGGCAUGGCGCAAAAGUGCAAAUCUGCAGUUCUCUGUCUUUGGUAUUACAGAUGAAGCAAUGGCUGUAAAAAAAAAAAAAAAAAAAAAAAAAAAAAAAAGAACAAGUGGAGGCUAAAGAUAUUCGUGUCCUUCAUGUGAUCAUGUGAGUAAUGUAACAUGAUUUUGUUAACCAUACAAAAGUUUGAUAUUUCUCGGGCAAUAUGGUAAAAAAUCUUUUACUGUGCCAACAUGAAUAGAGGAUUAUUGUUAUUAAGUAGUUUUGCUGUCAUUCUUAUUCCAUUGUUAUUUUUUCUUAGUGAAUCUCUCAUGUAAGAAAGCAUUGCUAAAGGGAGUUCAAAUGAAAGUAAGAAUUGAAAGGCUAGAAAUGGGAAAAAGAAAUUGCACACAGAUCUGCAGAUUGCCCUUCUUUGGUCACUCCAAUUCUAAAUACGAUGUUAAAUUUGAUCUCAGAUUUCUUUCCAUUGCUUCUCCUAUCAGAGCUGUAUGUGUCAUUGCCCAUAUGUUUUAUGCAACGGUGUGCCCUUAUACCUUCAUGCUCUCCAAGUAGAAUCUACUUGGGCACGAUUUAUUUUAAUAGAUCACCCACAGACACGUUGUUGUUGUUGUUGGUGGUUUUUUUUUUCCCCCUCUUCCUGUUAUUUCAAACAAGUGUUCCUUCAGUUCACGUUAAAUGACAUGUCGAGGCUGUCUCUUGAAGUGGAAGGGACAUGUGAUGGGAAACAUGAUUCCACGGCAAGACCGUAAGCCCAUAGUGACUGUUGCAUAGCAACCGUUUAACAUUCUAGUUACAUUUGUAAAAUGUUCACUUUUGCCUCUGACUGUGUCAUCUGAGUGGACAAAAAAGUGCAUGCGUUCUUCAUGCAGAGCUGUCUUGAGUAUAAAUGAAUUUUUUUUGUGUGUGUGUGAGAAAUUUUACGAUUCUUUUUCCUUUUUUUUGUACAGGCAUUUGUGAAUUUACUGUGCUUUCAAUUUUUUUUUUUCACAGCCAUGGAGUCAUUGUUUUAUGAAAAUCACGAUUGUCAUGAUAUCUAACGCUUAAAUACACGUUCAACCUCAUUCGCCGAAACGUUUUCCGUUUGCUUUCUUUUACUCACCAUUUUCAGCACGUGCUUAACUACACCACCCAGAAGUCGUUGCAGCACCUGAAUUUAUGCACUUGAAAUUACGUGCUUGCAAGAAUAACAUAACGACAGAUUCCAGUGGCCGAUGUAUUGUUUAUGCUUUGUUUUUCUUUUAUGAUUUGAUACAGUUUCAUUCAGUCCGUUUGUAAUGCAAAAAUCAUUUUAAAAAAAACAAAAAAAACCUCGAAACCUAUAAAAUGCAAAGAGCAUAAAUUGAAUAAAUAAGUUUUUCGAUGUAGUUAGAACAUGUAGUGGGAGGAACUACAUUUCAUGACUAUAAUUAGGUAAUUACCAUGAGAAAAUCUGAUUCAAGAAUGUGUAAUUACCUUAAAUCUGUAACAGUGUAAUGAAGUAUAUGGCUGGGAUAGUUUUGCUAAUAGAUGUGUUUCUUUUCACGUAUUAAAAUUCUAAGCACUGAACACAUAAUAUCUGCGAACCAUUAAAAGAGUAACAGCUUCUUUGGGUUUAUGAUUUUGCCUUUCGGUGAUAACCAAAUGUGUUCUUUUACAGCGUUUACAAGAAUAGGUGAGCUGAUGUGUAAUAAAUCAAAUAGGCCCUGCGUUUUGCGCAAAGCAAACAAUUUUGUAAAGGUGAAACAUUUUUGAAUUGGGUUAUAAUCAGUAUUUGGCGGCGAAGGACCAUGACGUGCAAUCUGGAGAUAAUAUAACUUAACAUCGCUAUAGGUACAUGUGUUCCUGUGGCAGUGUUCGAUUAUCAGAUCUCUGUGUUACGACUGUUGCUAAGACCGUUUUGCUAGCAGUGUUGGCUAAUGCAGGGAGGCUUGGUUGACUAUCUCAUCUGACUGUAUAUAUAUGUAUGGAUGUGUGUAUAUGUGUCUGUUUUCACUGUAACCUAUCUCUACAUUCAGUAUAUAAAGAGGUUUGUUAACGA